AUGGACCAAAUCAUCCACCUACUCGCCAAUGGCGAAGAAGUCAUCGACGUGGACGAGGAAUCAUUUCUCCUCUUCGCACAAGACAUUCCAAGCAACAACCUAGGAAUGCUCAAUCCCCGAGCACCAUCCGUAGAGAUCUCUAUCAAUGGCAAUGAAUACACAAUCCAUCAAUCACCAUCAUUACUUUCCUCCCAUCGGGCAGGAGGUACUACAGGCGCCGGAGCUCGCAUGAUCUGCACCAGUUCCUUUAUGAUUUGUCCCCGGAAUCCCCAGAGACCACAAACCCAAGCACGGACUUCUCCGCAGGUCUUUACCCGAGUCCGAAGUGCCCAGACCAGGCCCGAGGGUCAAGGCGUCGAAUUCUCAAGUCGUCCUAUCCGCUUCCUAUGGAAAAUUACUCCCCUAUUCGCAGAAUGGAUAACCAAUCCCUCAAACCCGCUCUGGACAACCUCCCUCCUUAGCCAGAGUUCAACCGUGGCCGAACUCGGAACCGGGAUCUCAGCGCUAGUCUCUCUCGUACUGGCACCUUCCGUGCGUCACUACAUUGCCACAGACCAGGAAUACGUGCGCAAAUUAUUUCGGACGAACCUUGACGCCAAUGCGUCCGUCGGUGCCUCUUCUAGCAACAGCAAAGCAAAAGGCAAGAGCAAGGGAUCCAAAUCAUCCAAAUCAAAGUCUCAAUCGACUGUCAAGCCUGUUGAUAAUAUCUCCUUUACAACACUGGACUGGGAGACUGACCAAGCCGCCUCACUAAAGGAAUGUAUGGAAUCCGACGAUGCCCAGGCCCAAGAUGAGGAAGAAGGGGAAGAUAAAGGCUUCGACCUCCUCCUUUCCUGUGACUGCAUCUACAACGAAGCACUCGUUGCACCGUUCGUGCGCACCUGCGCCGAAAUCUGUCGGCUGCGGCCGGCGUAUGUUGCUGGUUCUGAAGAACCUCGCCCGCGCCGUAAACCGACGGUUUGCAUUAUCGCGCAGCAGCAGAGGUCGCCGGAUGUGUUUGAGACUUGGCUUAGGGAGACAAUGCGGGAGUUCCGGGUUUGGAGGUUGAGUGAUGAUGUACUCGGGAAAGGACUAAAGAAUGGCUCUGGAUAUUUGGUACAUUUGUUAUUGGCGAAGGAUAAAUAG